CGUCGAUAGUGCUUGAAAUUGAGAGAGAACAUUUCCAGUGCUAAAACACUGUGUCUUGUUCAACGGAGCUCGGAGAGCGCGAACAAGGGAGAGACAGAGAGAGUUACGAGAUGCAGAGAGUUAAAGCUUUAGUAAAAGGGAGGUAUUCCAUUGAGAGAAUUGGGUUUCUACCUCGUCCCAGAUACUUCUCUGCUCAGCCAAACUACGCCCAAAAUGAUGAUCCCCAGGAACAGGUUUUAGUGGAAGGAAGAGCUAAAUCAAGAGCAGCCAUUCUCAAUAGACCCUCUGCCCUUAACGCACUUACCACUUCGAUGGCAGCUCGGCUAAAGAGAUUGUAUGAGUCAUGGGAAGAGAACCCGGAUAUUGGAUUUGUCUUGAUGAAGGGUGGUGGCGGGGCUUUCUGUGCUGGUUCAGAUGUGGUUGCUCUCUAUCAGUUAAUUGAUGAAGGGAAAAUUGAAGAAUGUAAAAGUUUUUUUGAGACGCUUUACAAGUUUGUAUACGUACAAGGAACAUAUAUAAAGCCACAUGUGGCUAUCUUGGAUGGUAUCACAAUGGGAUGUGGGGCUGGAAUUUCUCUUCCUGGGAUGUUCCGUUUGGUGACUGAUAAAACGGCUUUUUCCCAUCCAGAGGUUCACAUGGGGUUUCACCCUGAUGCAGGAGCUUCCUUUUAUCUUUCUCGAUUACCUGGUUACUUAGGAGAGUACUUAGCUCUUACAGGAGAAAAGCUUGAUGGAGCUGAAAUGAUUGCUUGUGGCCUUGCCACCCACUUUUGCUUAAACGCAAGACUGCACAUGAUAGAAGAGCGCCUUGGCAAGUUGGUGAAUGAUGAUCCUGGUGUCAUAGAUACUUCUCUUGCACAAUAUGGUGACCUGGUUUAUCCGGACAGAAGCAGUGUUCUACAUAAGAUUGACACAAUUGAUAAAUGUUUUUGCCAUGAUACAGUUGAGGAAAUUAUAUAUUCUCUGGAGAAUGAGGCAGCAGAAACUUUGGAUGAGUGGUGUAAGAAGACACUCAAAAAGUUAAAAGAAGCCUCACCACUGAGCCUUAAAGUUACUCUGCGAUCUAUACGAGAAGGCAGAUUUCAAACUCUAGAUCAAUGUCUUGCACGUGAAUAUCGGAUAACUCUUAAUGGUAUCUUCAAACAAGUCUCUAAUGACUUCUCUGAGGGUGUUCGAGCACGAUUACUGGACAAAGAUUUUGCUCCAAAGUGGGAUCCUCCAACCCUGGAACACGCAAGUGAAGAUAUGGUUGAAAGCUAUUUCACUCCACUCAAGGAGUCCGGACCAGAGCUGGACUUGCCAAUAUCAUUGCGAGAACCUUAUAUUUAAUUAGGGUCUGUAUACCUCUGAAAAGGGGUUUGUAGUUUUGUUCAUCAGAUAAAACAGAGGACUCCACAGCUUAAAACAAAACACAAAAUUGUCAUUUCGGUUUAUUCUGCCAGUCAGUUUCAUCUUUCUGCAGAAUUUCAAUCCCGACUAGACAGUUUUGAGAUGUAAAAUUAUUUAGUUUGCUGUUUGCUUUAAUGCAAAAUUCAUUCUAAAUACAGCUUGUAAUGACCA